UAAAACUUAUUUUCUAGGGUUUUUUCUAUAAAAACCCCUAUUUUUGGAAUGAGGUUUUUAUUGGUAAUUUACCUUUAUUUAAUCUACAGUGGCUCUUAUGGUGGUGCUGCCCUCCGACCAGCUGUAGUUGCCCUGCCUGGCCUGUAGAGGGCGUUGUUUCCCCUCACUGCAGAGUGUUUCUGUUUUUCCUGCGUGUUUUCAGUGGCAGCCCCACUCUCUCUCUCUGUGUCUCUGCUACUUCAGGAGCAACAAACUCUGAUCUAGGAUGUUGGGAACUCUCUGAAUCCGCUGGUUGUGUUUUUCCCCUGCCGGUUCUGGUUCUGUUCCUUCCGCAGGAUGGGUUUUAUCAUAACUUAGCUGUUCCAGACCUGUUGGAGGACUGCUUACUCGUUUCAACACACCGGUUCGGACAUGGAGGACCUGAUCCGGCUCUCCGACCAGGACCUGCAGAGGUUCGGCAAGGAGGACCUGAUCCGGACGCUGCGGGCUCUGCAGAACCGCAGCACGGAGGUGAUGCUGGAGCACGGGAAACUGAUGAAGGACGUGAACCGCAGCCUGCAGGUCCACCUCCAGGAGAUCCGGAGCCUGAAGGAGGUGAACCAGAAGCUGCAGGAGGACAACCAGGAGCUGCGGGAGCUCUGCUGCUUCCUGGACGACGACCGGCAGAAGGACCGGAAGGUGUCCCGGGAGUGGCAGCGCUUCGGCCGCUACACGGCCGGCGUGCUGUGGCGGGAGCUGGGGCUGUACCAGCAGAAGCUGACCGAGCUGGAGGCCGGGCAGGAGGCGCUGCGGGCGGAGAACGCCGAGCUCAAGGAGAUCGUCCUCAUGCUGGACGAGGAGAGGAGCGGAGCCGGGUCCCGGAGCUCCAUCGACAGCCAGUCCAGCCUGAGCGGACCGGUACCGCCCCGGGACGGAGGCGACGGGAGCAGCGGGGGGAGUCCGGACCACCAAACCGCCUACCUGAAGGGCUGCGGGGGGAAGGCGGGCCCGCUGAGGCGGUCCGUGGACGAUCUGUCAUCUCAUGGAGGCACCGAUAUAUCAGAGUGCUACAUCAGAGAGCUAGAAAACAAGGUGAGGAUCCUGGAGGAGGAAAAGAAACUGCUGACAAUGCAGAACCAUCCUCGGACUCCCAGUGGAGAACUGUCCCCCACGGGGUUCUACCUGCCUCUGGCACAGAAACCCGAAGCUGUAGUCCAUGCCAUGAAGGUGCUGGAGGUCCAUGAAAAGCUGGACAGCCAGAACUCGAGGGAAUACGAUGAAGACCUCAACGAUAAGGAGAAAGCCAUCGUCAGAGAGAUGUGCAACGUGGUUUGGAGAAAGCUGGGCGACGCUGCUGGUUCAAAGCUUUCUGUUCGACAGCAGCUGUCAGGAAACCAGCUCCAAGGUCCGGUCCAGUAGGAGAACCCACCAUCAAACCCACAGCAUGAUCCUCAAACGGAAGCAAUAGAGGAAAAUGGACACACCUUUUACGACACAAAUGCACAAAGUUUCAACAGUCCUGGACAGGAUGCUGAAACGGCUCCCUGAUGCCACCAUGUGGAUUUACGGUGUAAAUACAGUUUUAAAUCAGCAAAGGUUCAGUUUAUUGUAGCAAAUCCAUCCACAGCCUCCCACUUCCCUAAGAUCUUAGAGGUAACCGAUCCAAAGCGUCCUUCGCCCCACCGACUCUCUUCACUGACUUCUGGGCGCGAGUUCGGGGCUCCCUUCAUCUCUAACGACGACAUCCUGCUCUACAACUCUGAAUCUCCACCCAUAAACUCAGAGGGAAACUCCAAGGGAGCCGAUUUCAGUCUAGCUUGGUAAAAAACCAGACCCUUUCUCUACGCUUUGCUUCAUACAAAGGGCCUGAGCCAUCGGCGGCUAUUUAGAAACGAUUACAUACGGCUGUGACGUAUGUAAUGCGCCAGUGUCGCCCCUAUGAAGCUAACCGGGAGUUGCCUGCGUUGUAAACAACAGUCCUCCACUGCGAAGAGAAAAGUAUCGAGAUGGCUGUGAAUGUUAAUUUAACAUUUGGAAGCGUGGCCAACACGGACUGAACGGCUUCGUUCACUUCCUCCGCUAAAACUACAGAUAG